GCCUUGGAUAUCAUGGGUGGAGGCCGACGGAACCUAAUGGAAGCAUAUCCGUAGGAGACUUUAGGGGUUUUACGCUACAACGCGACAAAACGCGUCGAAGCUGUCGAAAAACCGAAUCCCUGUUUAUUCAUUCUCCGCUAUGCCAUUACUUCCAAAUAACUGUUUCUGAGCUCAUCUAUAGCUCUCCAUGUUCAUCGCAAUCAUUGGCACUCCGUCUUCGGGGAAGCGAACUGUACUUCAGUAUCUUGAAAAGAAAUACGGAUUCAAGCACUUGCGGUUAAACAAGGGCGAGGCACAACUUGCGAAGACCAUAAAUGGUGUAGUAGACGGUAUCGGAAAGCCUGAUGUUGAGUCUACAACAACUCUUUUUGCGAAUGCUUCCGAUCUCCUCGACCACGUUACUCGCAACUGGCUCUCCCAUUUUGUCACUACAGACCUCCAAACCUAUGAAGAAAUAGACCCUUUCCUCAAGCGCCCAUUCUUUUUACUGGUCAGUGUGGACGGUCCUUUGCGUGCGAGAUUCGAACGCGAACGAGCUAGGGCUGGAGCAGAAGGCAGGAACAUAACCCUUGAAGAUUUCAUUGAAGCUCACGAUUCGCUGCUCCAUGGUCAUCCCUCCUCACAAAUUCAUGCUCUUCCAGCUCUUGCCCAGGGUCAAUUCAUGUCAGACUUCCGGCGCGUCCUCACACUUGCCCACGUCCAUGUUGACAACAAUUUCACGGAUGUCUCUGCCUUGAACUGGUAUCUUGAUCGCCUCGAUCUUCUAGAUGAGGAAAGGCUGAGGCCCGGAUGGGACACCUACUUUAUGACUUUAGCGUCUUUGGCGUCAGAACGCUCAAACUGCAUGAAACGACGAGUAGGGGCUUUGCUUGUGAGAUCAAAGAGAAUUCUGUCGACCGGUUACAAUGGCACUCCAAGAGGCACUCGAAAUUGCAAUCAGGGAGGAUGCUCUCGAUGUAAUGGCAGUGCAAGGGGCGGUGAAGCUCUCAAUGAGUGUUUAUGUUUGCAUGCAGAAGAGAAUGCUUUGUUGGAGGCAGGGAGGGAGCGUAUCGGCGAUGAUUCCGUAAUUUACUGCAACACAUGCCCUUGCCUCCGUUGUUCUGUCAAGAUCGUACAAUGUGGCGUUCGGGAAGUUGUCUACAAUCAGAGUUACAGUAUGGAUGAAGCUUCUGCCAGGGUGCUUAAAGAGGGCGGUGUCCUACUGCGACAGCUUCAUCUACCAAACGAAAUUUGGUGAUACACAUCUUGCGACAUUUUGGGCACUAGAGAGGUUUCUUUCUGUAAUCAUGCAUGUUGAUACAUAUAUUAUAUGCUUACGAGAUGCAACAUUCUAGAUG